UUAAUCCGCGCGCCUCUUUUCACAGCGAAAUCGACACCAGUUCUUGUGUUUAGCCUUGACAGCAGAUCUCCCCUAUUCGCACCUGUCCAGACACCUUGUCUUCAUCUCUCAGCUUGUCAGCGCGCCCAGUUCAGUCUCUCGGAGAGUCACGUGUCCGUGCGAAUUGUGCUUCACCGCCCACUGUCCCAUCCAUUGACGCCAAAUCAUCAUGGCGAAAGACGACGGACCCCACCACAAGAAGGACCCCGCUUCAGGCGCUGAGCAGGACCCGGAUCACCAGCAAAACCCGAAACGGAGGACUACGGAAAAUCUACCCCCGCCAUUUUUUAUCCUGCUCUUCCUCCUCCUCGCCCUCUACUUCUUCUUUACUCCGUCUCUUUCCAGCCCUGAACCCUCAGUCGUGCCGGAUUCCAAUUCUCCUCUUACAUCAACAACAAUCACUUCAAUCCUCCCCGACUCUUCGUCAAACAACUUCACCAUGUCUUCCAACGAGCAGACCUUCAUUGCUAUCAAGCCUGAUGGCGUCCAGGUACGUGGCCUCGUUGGUCCCAUCAUCUCUCGCUUCGAGAACCGAGGCUUCAAGCUUGCCGCCAUCAAGCUCGUCUCUCCCUCCAAGGAGCACCUCGAGACCCACUACGAGGACCUGAAGGAGAAGGCUUUCUUCCCUGGUCUGAUCCAGUACAUGUCCUCUGGCCCCAUCUGCGCCAUGGUCUGGGAGGGCCGUGAUGCCGUCAAGACCGGCCGUGUCAUCCUCGGUGCCACCAACCCCCUUGCCUCCUCCCCCGGCACCAUCCGUGGUGACUACGCCAUCGACGUCGGUCGCAACGUCUGCCACGGUUCCGACUCCGUCGAGAACGCCAAGAAGGAGAUUGCUCUCUGGUUCAAGGAGGGUGAGGUCCUCAGCUGGAAGUCGGCCCAGAACGACUGGAUCUACGAGAAGGCCUAAAUUGCCAAUUACCAGACACCAGAAUGAGGCGAUGUAAAAGCACGUUCCUGGCCAAUGAGUUGAUGUCUC